AUGUCGGAUUCAGAAGCGAUUAGUGAUGCGGGUAGUCCCAUAACAAGAUCUCGGAGUGUUUCUCGCAGUAGAAGUUCCACUUCACGAUCAAGGAGCCCAUCCAGAUCUCGUUCGCGUUCCCGGUCACCGUCUGGCUCUGAAGAUGGAGAUGUAAAGAUGGAUGAAGCAGAAGAAGUCAGAUCAGGUGAUGAGGAAGCUGUGGAACCAGAGGAAGAACCUGAAGGAGAGGACUUAGACAAUAGCAGUGAAUACGAUGAAGAGGAAGAUGAAGAAGAUGAUGAUAGGCCGAAAAAGAAGAAGAAGAAAGAUCGAUUUGGUGGCUUUAUCAUUGAUGAGGCUGAAGUAGAUGAUGAAGUUGAAGAUGAUGAUGAAUGGGAGGAAGGUGCCCAAGAAAUUGGUAUUGUAGGAAAUGAAGUAGAUGAAUUAGGACCAACUGCACGUGAAAUUGAAGGGCGACGUAGAGGUACAAAUCUGUGGGAUUCACAGAAAGAAGAUGAGAUUGAAGAGUACCUCAGAAAAAAAUAUGCUGACGAAUCAAUCGCCGCUCGACACUUUGGCGAUGGUGGUGAAGAGAUGAGUGAUGAAAUUACCCAACAAACUCUAUUGCCUGGUGUGAAAGAUCCGAAUUUAUGGAUGGUCAAGUGUCGUAUAGGAGAAGAAAAAUCGACUGUGCUCCUAUUGAUGCGGAAAUUUAUUACAUAUCAAUUUUCUGGUGAACCUCUCCAAAUAAAAUCUAUCGUGGCACCGGAAGGUGUUAAAGGAUAUAUCUAUAUAGAAGCCUUCAAACAGGCACAUGUAAAAGCGGCUAUUGAGAGUGUUGGAAGUCUAAGGAUGGGUAUAUGGAAGCAGCAAAUGGUGCCGAUCAAAGAGAUGACCGAUGUAUUGCGAGUGGUUAAAGAGCAGACUGGUUUGAAAGCUAAACAGUGGGUUCGUUUGAAACGGGGCAUUUAUAAAGACGACAUAGCUCAAGUUGAUUAUGUCGACUUGGCGCAGAAUCAGGUACAUCUGAAGUUGCUACCGAGAAUCGAUUAUACCAGACCGCGUGGUGCGUUGAGAACAGCGCAAAGUGAAUCGGAAGCUCUGAAACGCAAGAAGAAGAGACGACCCCCGGCGAAGCCUUUCGAUCCUGAGGCAAUUCGCGCCAUUGGUGGAGAAGUUACUAGCGACGGAGACUUUCUCAUAUUCGAAGGAAAUAGAUACAGUCGUAAAGGUUUUCUUUAUAAGAACUUCACCACAAGUGCUAUUAUCGCGGAAGGUGUAAAGCCUACACUUUCUGAAUUAGAAAGAUUCGAAGAAGCACCGGAAGGUGUUGAAAUAGAUCUAAGCGGAACUCCGGGGACCGGAGUUUCCGGCAAGGAAGACCAAGCUGUAACUCAUUCCUUUAGCAACGGGGAUAAUGUAGAAGUGUGCGAAGGUGAAUUGAUAAAUCUACAGGGAAAAAUCGUUUCUAUAGAUGGAAACAUGAUUAUGGUCAUGCCGAAGCAUGAAGAGCUUAAAGAAGCCUUGGAAUUCCAAGCUUCUGAACUACGGAAAUACUUUACGAUGGGUGAUCACGUAAAGGUCGUAGCAGGAAGAUACGAAGGCGACACAGGCUUGAUCGUCAGGGUAGAACAAAAUAGAGUGGUUCUAUUCUCCGAUUUGUCGAUGCACGAGUUGGAGGUGCUACCUAGGGAUCUGCAACUAUGUUCGGACAUGGCAACGGGCGUCGAUAGUCUAGGUCAAUUUCAAUGGGGCGAUCUAGUACAACUCGACGCGCAAACGGUUGGCGUUAUUGUUCGAUUGGAACGUGAAAAUUUCCACGUUCUCUCCAUGCACGGGAAGGUGGUCGAGGCGAGGCCGCAAGGUCUCACGAAACGGCGAGAGAAUCGAAAUGCGGUUGCCCUAGACUCACAGCAAAAUACCAUACAGAAGAAGGAUAUCGUUAAAGUUGUUGACGGGCCGCAUGCAGGCCGAGGUGGUGAAAUCAAACACUUGUAUAGGAGCUUCGCCUUUUUGCAUUCACGAAUGUUUGUCGAUAACGGUGGAAUAUUUGUGUGUAAGACCAGACACUUACAGCUAUCCGGUGGGACCAAAACGAACGCGACAACCAUGUCGGCAGUUGCUGGAUUUAUGUCGCCUAGGAUUGCUUCUCCGAUGCAUCCCAGCGGGGGAGGCUUCGGCAGAGGUGGUGGUGGGGCUGGAAGAGGCAGAGGUCGUGGAGGUGGUGCGAGACGCGACAGAGAAUUAAUUGGAACUACCAUCAAGAUAACAGGCGGGCCUUACAAGGGCAAUGUCGGUAUCGUAAAGGACGCGACGGAGACCACGGCUCGAGUAGAAUUGCAUUCCACAUGUCAGACCAUUUCCGUGGACCGAUCUCAUAUUGCCAAUGUUGGUGUGCCGUCGAAAGAUGGUGGUUUCAGCAGCUACAACAGAACUCCAGCGUACACAGCUGGCGGACAAACACCGAUGUAUGCCAGAGAUGGAUCAAAGACGCCUAUGCACGGCUCUCAAACGCCUAUGUACGAAAAUGGUUCUCGUACUCCUCAUUACGGUUCAAUGACGCCGUCUCACGAUGGUUCGAGAACACCAGGCCAGUCGGGAGCUUGGGACCCAACUGUCACAAAUACACCCGCCAGAACAAACGAUUUCGAUGGCUACAGUAUGGAAGAAGGCGGCUCGCCUGGCUACGCGCCCGGAUAUCCUCCCACCGGAGGUCCCUUCACUCCACAAACUCCAGGCACCAUGUACGGAUCGGAACAAAGCUUUAGUUCGUAUCAGCCUAGUCCUAGUCCUGCUGGAAGUGCCACCGCGAGUCCAAGUCCUACAGGAUAUGUUGCUACUCCGUCCCCAAGUGGAACUGGAUAUACCACAAGUCCGCAUGGAGCAUUUGCGACUCCAUCUCCUAUGGGUUAUAGUCCCAUGACACCUGGUAGCCCAUAUAAUCCACAAACACCUGGCGCAGGGUUGGAUACAGGUGUUGGUUCUAGUACCAUAGGCGGUUCGGAAUGGCAUACAACGGAUAUUGAAGUACGCAUUCGCGACUCUCAUGAUGACCCUGCGCUCGCUGGUCAGCAAGCAGUCAUUCGCGGAAUUUCGGGUGGCAUGUGCACUGUCUAUUUACCUACCGAGGACAGAGUUGUGAAUUUGGGUUGCGAACAACUGGAACCUGUAGUACCAUCGCGCGGUGAUCGAGUGAAAGUGAUUCUAGGCGAGGACCGAGAAGCCGUUGGCACAUUGCUUUCGAUUGACAACCAGGAAGGAGUGGUGAAACUUAAUACGGAGGAAAUUAAAUUUUUGCAGUUACGCUUUUUAUGUAAAAUGAAAGCUUCUAGCACGUAACUUUUCGAGUUACUUGCAUCAAUGUUGUGUUAUCGACCUUACUUCCUAUACAAAUGGAAGCAUAUUGUAGCGUAUAGUAGUUUUGUAACUCCCUUAAUUAAUGUAUAUAUAGAAAUUAUGCACUUUAUUAAGUAAGAAAACACCAAUAAUAGGCUGAUUCGUGCAUCUUUCAUCUCUCUCCUGUCACCUCUCUUAUUUUUUUUUAUCUUUCCUUUUUUUUUAGCGCCCUCAUUUUUAACGUCUAGCGUUUCUACUUUUCUUAUGUUUCGGGCAACGUCGCCUAGCUAGCGCUCGUUUCGGUUCAUGCCAUAUUCAAAAGCUAACUAAGCAUACUAACUAAAACUAAAUAAUAAAAUCAAAAUUAAACUUAAUAUGAACUCAUCUUUGUGCACAACAUAUGCGAUAAUAUAAAGAAACAUUUAAACUA